AUGCAAAUCUUUGUUAAAACACUUACCGGAAAAACCAUCACUUUAGAUGUCGAGUCAUCUGACACUAUUGAUAAUGUAAAACAAAAAAUCCAAGAUAAAGAAGGUAUCCCACCAGACCAGCAACGUCUUAUUUUCGCUGGUAAACAAUUAGAAGAUGGUAGAACCUUGUCCGACUACAAUAUCCAAAAAGAAUCAACACUUCAUCUUGUCCUUCGUCUUCGUGGUGGUAUGCAAAUCUUCGUCAAAACCCUUACCGGUAAAACCAUCACCUUGGAAGUAGAAUCAACCGACACCAUCGACAAUGUAAAACAAAAAAUCCAAGAUAAAGAAGGUAUCCCACCAGACCAGCAACGUUUGAUUUUCGCUGGUAAACAAUUGGAAGACGGUAGAACUUUGUCCGACUACAACAUCCAAAAAGAAUCAACACUUCAUCUUGUCCUUCGUCUUCGUGGUGGUAUGCAAAUUUUUGUCAAAACCCUUACCGGUAAAACCAUCACCUUGGAAGUAGAAUCAACCGACACCAUUGACAAUGUUAAACAAAAAAUCCAAGAUAAAGAGGGUAUCCCACCAGAUCAGCAACGUCUCAUUUUCGCCGGUAAACAAUUAGAAGAUGGCAGAACCUUGUCAGAUUAUAACAUCCAAAAAGAAUCAACACUUCAUCUUGUCCUUCGUCUUCGUGGUGGUAUGCAAAUCUUCGUCAAAACCUUGACCGGUAAAACAAUCACCUUGGAAGUCGAAUCAACCGAUACCAUUGAUAAUGUUAAACAAAAAAUUCAAGAUAAAGAAGGUAUCCCACCAGAUCAGCAACGUCUCAUUUUCGCCGGUAAACAAUUGGAAGACGGCAGAACCUUGUCCGACUAUAACAUCCAAAAAGAAUCAACACUUCAUCUUGUCCUUCGUCUUCGUGGUGGUAUGCAAAUUUUUGUCAAAACUUUGACCGGUAAAACCAUCACCUUGGAAGUAGAAUCAACCGACACCAUUGACAAUGUAAAACAAAAAAUCCAAGAUAAAGAAGGUAUCCCACCAGACCAGCAACGUCUCAUCUUUGCCGGUAAACAAUUGGAAGAUGGCAGAACCUUAUCCGACUACAACAUCCAAAAAGAAUCAACACUUCAUCUUGUCCUUCGUCUUCGUGGUGGUAUGCAAAUCUUCGUCAAAACCUUGACCGGUAAAACUAUCACUUUGGAAGUCGAAUCAACCGAUACCAUUGACAAUGUUAAACAAAAAAUUCAAGAUAAAGAGGGUAUCCCACCAGAUCAGCAACGUCUCAUCUUCGCCGGUAAACAAUUGGAAGAUGGCAGAACUUUGUCUGACUAUAACAUUCAAAAGGAAUCAACUCUCCAUCUUGUACUUCGUCUUCGUGGUGGUAUGCAAAUUUUUGUCAAAACCUUGACCGGUAAAACAAUCACUUUAGAAGUCGAGUCAACUGAUACCAUCGAUAAUGUGAAACAAAAAAUUCAAGAUAAAGAAGGUAUCCCACCAGACCAGCAACGUUUGAUUUUCGCCGGUAAACAAUUGGAAGAUGGUAGAACCUUAUCAGACUAUAACAUCCAAAAGGAGUCAACUCUUCACCUUGUUCUCCGUCUUCGUGGUGGUCAAUGA